UCGUCUCUUUCCACAGCCGUUGUCAGCGACGCGCUUGGUUUCCAUGGGGACGGCGCCGGCGGGCGUCAGCGCUCACCAUGGAGCUAGCGACAUAGCAGUGUCGGCGAUGCCGAUUGGGUGCGCGGGGCUCGAUGUCUGAGCACGGGACGCUCUGAUUGGGUCCGAGCGGUUAACGCUGCUGGAAAGUAAACGGAGCUGCUUGGCUUGGAGGGGGAAAGAGAGAGUCUCUGCGAACCACCGCCUGUCCGUUAACACCAUGAGAAGCCGGAAUGUUGUUUUAAUACUGUCUAACUGAAGCUAUAAAAUGCUUGAGCAAGACAAGAAGACCAAAGUUGCAGUAAAAACAGCAGAUGCCAAACUCAAAAGAAGUCCAGACAAAUUUCUUUUGUUUUAGAGAAUAUUCAGACCUGAAGCGACUACUUAAUCUUUUGAAUGUACCAGCAAGCAAACAGCAGUUGCCAGCUUUAAAUGUUGACAAAGGCCAUGGAAUAGUCACUAAAUCACAACAACAACGUUUUGUUCAAGGGAAACAAAACGAUGGAAUUCGAUAUGGGGAGCAGCAGCAACAAUCAACUGAAGCUGUGGAACUUGAAGCUUUUAGCUAUCCUUUGCUAAACUCAAGAAGAAACAAGAAGUUUCUUGUCAACAAAUGAGAGUCAAGGUUAUUACAAGUACAACAAGGGAAUACUGUGGAUUGGUGGUCUAGAUGACCAAAUUGCUUCUCCAGUCUGAAACUUCUGCUAUCUUAUUUUUUUCCUGACCUCUACCACUUCAUGGGCACUUAGGGACAGGUGACAAAUGUUGUCCCAGUCAGCAACACCCAGAUCCAGUGAAAGAAUAAAAUAAACUGUAGUUUCCCACCUGCUAAUAUAACCAAGGCAAGCCUGUGAUUUAUGCUGUUUAUGGCUUUGCUAUAUUGUUCUUGGGUUCCUCAAAUUACACACAGUAUUUUAAGUAUGUCCUAAUCAAUGCCUUAUGUACAUCUGUGACAUCUGGUAUAUUUUAUGACCUUUUAUGACUUUUUAUAUAGUGAAAGCAUAUUUAUUUUGAGUUAUGUAUUUAAGUCAUCACUAGUUUUCUCUGUUUAUCCACAACAUUCAGCUACUUUUGUUUGAUUGUGACACCUAUUACUUGUUUCCCCUCCCAAAAAAUGUUAAAUUAUAUUCAUAUUAAAUUACCUGCUCACGUGAAUGAGUUGUCUGUGUUUCCCUGAUCUUCUUUA